GGAGGACGAGCCGCGGCCCCCGGAGACCCCCGCGGGCACCGGCUCCCGCCCCGGCCUGCGCCUCUGCCGCCCCAAACCGUCUUGCCCGGGCCCGUCCGGGCCUGCUGCCCGCCCCCAACCGGCCCGUCCGCUCCUGCUGCCCCGCACCAUCCUGUCCGGUCCUGCCGACCCGCACCGGCCUGCCCUGCACCGUCCUGUCCGCUCCUGCUGACCCGCACCGUCCUAUCCGGUCCUGCUGACCCGCACCGGCCUGCCCCGCACCAUCCUGUCCGGUCCUGCUGCCCCACACCAUCCUGUCCGGUCCUGCUGACCCGCACCGUCCUGUCCGCUCCUGCUGACCCGCACCAUCCUGUCCGGUCCUGCUGACCCGCACCAGCCUGCCCUGCACCAUCCUGUCCGGUCCUGCUGCCCCACACCAUCCUGUCCGGUCCUGCUGACCCUAACCGUCCUGUCCGGUCCUUCUGGCCCGCACCGUCCUGUCCGGUCCUGCUGCCCCGCACCGUCCUGUCCGCUCCUGCUGACCCGCACCAUCCUGUCCGGUCCUGCUGACCCGCACCGGCCUGCCCUGCACCAUCCUGUCCGGUCCUGCUGCCCCACACCAUCCUGUCCGGUCCUGCUGACCCGCACCGGCCUGUCCGGUCCUGCUGACCCGCACCGUCCUGUCCGGUCCUUGUGGCCCGCACCGUCCUGUCUGUCCGACCUUGCCCGGUCCCGCUGGCACAUCCCGCGGCGCCCGAUGCCCGUGUGGUGCUGCCGCUGCUCUUUGGCCGCUCAUUUCAGGAAAUACAGCGCCCAGGAAGCCGAAGAGCAGAUUUUGAAUUCCUUAGCGCACUACAUUGGUGACAGCCGGGUGGGAAAAGUCCAAGCAAUGCCCUUAGUGGAAGGAAUCACUUUGCCUGAAGAGUCGUCACUCACUUUGCCAGUGGUAAUAGUCGGUAAUGGGCCUUCAGGCAUUUGCCUUUCGUACAUGUUAUCGGGAUACAGACCGUACUUGUCUCCGGAGGCCAUACACCCAAAUCCAGUAUUACAGAGUAAAUUAGAGGAAGCACGACAUCUUUCCAUUGUUGAUCAGGAUUUGGAGUACCUGUCUGAGGGUCUCGAGGGCCGAUCAUCCAACCCAGUUGCGAUCCUUCUCGAUACGCUACUUCAUCCAGAUGCUGACUUUGGUUAUGAGUAUCCAUCCAUUUUGCGCUGGAAACUAGAACAACAUCAUUAUAUUCAUCAUCUAGUGCUUGGUAAAGGACCACCCGGCGGAGCUUGGCAUACUAUGGAAGGUUCCAUGUUGACCAUCAGCUUUGGAGACUGGAUGGAGUUACCUGGGCUUUCAUUUAAGGAAUGGGCAGCUAACAAACGAAGAAAUCUCAAGAGUGACAGAGUUAUGCCCGAGGAAAUAGCUUGUUACUACAAGCAUUAUGUAAAAGUCAUGGGUCUCCAGAAAAACUUCCGAGACAACACUUACGUAACCUCUAUAUCGAGACUUUACCGAAACCAAGAGGAUUGUGAAGGCGAAGAUCAAGAAAAUGAAGACCUUUCACCUCAGCAACUACCAAUCGAGAAAUCAACCUUCAUCAAGAGGAACUGGGAAAUUAGAGGCUAUCAGAAAGGAGCUGAUGGUUCUCACAUUCCCUUCUGCCUCUUUGCCGAGAACGUCGCCCUAGCCACCGGGACAUUAGAUUCUCCGACCCAACUGCAGGUCGAAGGGGAAGAUUCUCCUUUUGUCUUUCACUCAGUGCCAGAAUUUGGAACUGCCAUUAGUAAAGGGAAAUUUCAGGGCAGCGUGGACCCAGUUGUAAUAGUAGGCUCUGGACUCUCCGCCGCAGACGCAGUGCUGUGCGCGUACAACAAUAAUAUCCCCGUAAUCCACGUGUUCCGCAGACAGGUCACCGAUCCGGGCUUAAUAUUCCAGCAGCUCCCCAAAAAGCUUUAUCCCGAAUACCAUAAAGUCUAUCAUAUGAUGUGCACUCAGACGUAUGCUGUAGAACCCAGCUUAUCAUCUGCUUACAUCAGUUUCCCUGAGCACCAGGUGCUCUCUUUUAAGGCGGACAUGCGAUGCGUUCUCCAGAGCGCCGCCGGAUUGAAGAAGAGCUUCAAGUUCUCGGCGGCGGCGGUGUUGAUAGGUUCUCACCCGAGUCUCUUCUUUCUGAAGGAGCAAGGGUACCACCUGGGCCAUAACUCCAACCAACCCAUCACCUGUAAGAGCAAUCCGGUGGAAAUUGAUCCGUACACGUACGAAUGCACGAAGGAAGGCAACCUUUUUGCACUGGGCCCUUUAGUCGGAGACAAUUUUGUACGUUUUGUAAAGGGGGGAGCACUGGGCAUUGCACGCUGCUUAGUUACGAGGCAAAAGAAACAACAGCUAAUUGUCGAAAGAGGCGGAGAUGAUGGAGUAUCUUAAGAGCUCUGUUAGAGGCGGAAACUCAAAUGACCGUCUGGGCGGCUGCCAUUAAAAUGUUUCAAAUUGCGGGUCUACAGUCUAUUGGCCUGUCUUUCAAAAUCUGGAGUGCCUAGCAGCAGAUGCAUAAACUGGUAUUUUGUCAUUUUUAGAAGACUUUAGAAAACUUCCUAAGAACUUGGUCUGCCGCUUUAAAAUUGUAUGUAUCACUUCAAGGUGGACAGGAAAUAGCUUAAGCUCAGGGGUUUGCUUUAGUUACCAGUGCAAGUGGAACAUUGUCUUGGUUUUCUCGCGAGAUGUUUUCUUCCAUCAGUUUUGUUUUGUAGGGUUUCGGCUUCCUGUCGUCAUCUCAUAAUGCCUCAGACCUGUGAAAUGGGGUGACACGUGUUUAAACCCAAAAGAAAUCCCGGGAUGAAUAUCCAAAAUAAGUUUUGCUUGGCUGCUCUGUCGGUUGCUCAAGCCCAGUUUACUACUGAGUAAAAACCUCCUUGAUGGUACAUGUUAAGCGCAGGUUUAAAUACAUGCAAAUGAAAGAUCUCAUCCCUGCAGAAAAACGAAAAGCCACCCGGUAAUUAGUUGCCGGUCCAUUUCUGUGGGCACGGCUGGCAGGGGAGGAGGUGGCCACGAGCAAACCUCUGGUCACUCUGACCACCGUGUUUGUGCGGACACACUGUCCUAAAGUCUUGAUGGCGGGGCUGAGGCUCAUCCACCAUCAGCCAGAGUCUCCACCAGGAGCCUCGAUGUUUACCCACGCACAUUUGGAUUGGUAGAAAGAAAUAACAAAGUCAUUUAGCCAGAGAUCUGUGCUCUACUAAAUUGCUGUGUAACUUCCCAGUAAUAUUUUGGUUGCCGUGAAAACAAUAAAUUGCUUGUGCAAGGGCUCCUA